AUGGGUGCCGGUGGGCGAGUGUGCAAGGAGCAGGUGUCUUCUGUGGGAGAGCGAGAGGAGAGGAGGGUGAGGGGGACACCAGGCCUGUCCAUCUGUCUGCGGUUUCUUGCCACUGGGGACUCCUACAGGACCAUUGCGGGGAGCUUCAGAGCGGGCAUAUCCACCGUCUCCAUGCUCAUCCCAGAUGUGGUGGCAGCCAUCUGGGACUGCCUCGUGGAGGAGUUCAUGGCUGUGCCUGGAGCAGAGGAGUGGAGGUAA